GUGCGUCAGUGAGAAUGUGGGAACGGUGCAGGGCCGGAUAAAGGUGGAGGUCCACGGCUUGAGCCCGGGAGUCAGAUUUCAGUGUGUUUGAGGGGGCAGAUUGAGUUGAGGGUGAACUGAGGCUGUCUUUGUUCACGAGCAGCUCCUGAAGGUGCGGAGUGGAGCGGAGUGGAGCGGAGCGCGGAGCCUCACUGCACUGCGCCAGCGGGGAAACACACUGCGCCUCACGGCUUCUCCUUCAACAGCACCAGCAACCCAUGAGUCACGGAGAUAUGCCUUUCCUAAGAGUGCCGCCGUGCUGCUGUUUGUACCUCGCUGCUGCUGCUGCGCUGUGGCUUUUCCAUCCAGCGGUCGCGUUCCAGCUGCAGGACGAGAGGGGCUCCAGUAGCCAGCUGGAUCUGACUGAGCUCAUCGGAGUUCCUCUCCCUCCAUCUGUCUUUUUCAUUACUGGAUUUGAGGGUUUUCCUGCAUACAGCUUUGGUCCAGAUGCCAAUGUAGGCCGCCUCACACGCUCCUUCAUUCCUGACCCCUUCUUCCGCGACUUUUCUAUCAUUGUCACUGCCAAACCCACCACUCGCCGUGGAGGAGUCCUGUUCGCCAUCACCGAUGCCCUACAGAAGAUAGUCCACUUGGGAGUAGCGCUGGCACCAGUGGAGGAUAGGUCACAGCGUGUGGUUCUGUAUUACACUGAACCAGGAGCCACACGCACUCGGGAGGCUGCAUCCUUUAAGAUGGGGGACCUGACAGGUCGCUGGGCGAGAUUCACUCUGGCUGUGCAGGGGAAUGAGGUGAAGCUCUUUAUGGAUUGUGAGGAGCACCUCAGGGUUGCAUUCCACAGGAGCCAGAAGAGUCUUACAUUUGAGCCCAGUUCAGGCAUCUUUGUGGGGAACGCAGGAGGAACCAGGCUGGAGAGGUUUGUGGGAUCUAUCCAGCAGUUGGUCUUGACUCCGGAUCCCAGGGCACCGGAUGAGCAGUGUGAGGAGGAUGACCCCUAUGCAUCUGGGUAUGGCAGCGGUGAUGAUGAAUAUGAUGACACCGAGUCCGCAGAUGAAGUGAAGAAAGUGCAUGAGACGAGAGAAUAUCCUUUACCUGAUGAAGAUCAGACACUUCCAGUCAGUGCGCCCCCUACUGAAGCUUCUUCUGAAGCACCAUUUGAUGAUGAGGACUUGGAGGAAGAGUCCUCAGGCCAGGGCUUGAUGCAUCCUGAGAGAGAGUCAAGCGGGACAGAGAAAGCUGUAUAUCACGAAGAAAAAGACUAUCCACUGAUGAUGCCAGUACAUAAAGGGGAGAAAGGAGACCCUGGACCUCCUGGACCUCCUGGCCCUCCAGGACCCCCUGGUACAGUGAGCUCGUCAGGCCCGAAAGGAGACAUGUCUUCUUGGGUAGGAGAACCAGGGGCUCGAGGACCUCCAGGACCACCAGGGCCUACAGGUGCAUCAGGGAAGGAUGGUCUUCCUGGUAGUCGUGGAGAAGAUGGCAAACCAGGAGGAACUGGAGCUCCAGGGUUCCCAGGUAUACCUGGUGAUCCAGGAAUAAAGGGAGAAAAGGGUGAUCCUGGAGUUGGGCUGCCUGGGCCUCCUGGACCACCGGGACGAUCAGCAACACCACGAUAUGUGGAUGCCAUUGAUGGUUCGGGAUUUGAGGACUUUGACAGUGACACAGAGGUUAUCAGGGGUCCACCUGGACCUCCAGGACCUCCAGGGAAGCCUGGUCCUCCUGGGCCCCCUGUAGGUCUCUCUCCUGGUCCAAUAGGACCUCCAGGGGCUCCAGGGAAAGAUGGGAAGGAUGGGGAGAUGGGUAGUCCUGGAAUUCCAGGUGUUAAUGGCAGAGAUGGUGAACCAGGAAAAGAGGGCCCGAAAGGGGACAAGGGUGACGCUGGAUUGCCUGGGAAUGCAGGACAAAAGGGUGAGCCAGGGUACCCAGGCCUCCCAGGAGUACCAGGAGCAGCAGGACCAGAAGGUCCAAAGGGAAAACCUGGCCCACCAGGACCUCCAGGUCCACCUGCACAUUUCAGUCUUGAUUUACUGGAUUCUGAGGGCUCAGGAGUGGAAGGAGGCAGUGGCUUUGGGCCGAUUCUCCCUCGAGGGCCUCCUGGUAUUCCUGGUUUGCCUGGCCCCCCAGGACCACAGGGAAAAGAUGGAGUGAAUGGUCUUCCAGGUACUUCAGAGAAGGGGGAGCCUGGUCCUGCAGGACCUGAAGGGAAACCUGGACUACCUGGACUUCCUGGAAGAACCGGAGAGAAAGGACAUAAAGGGGAAAUGGGGCAGAAGGGAGAAAGAGGUCUAGAUGGAGUCAGUCUUCCUGGUCCACCAGGGCCGCCCGGACCACCAGGACCCAUCAUCAACGUUCAGGAUUUAUUGCUGAACAAUACUGAGGGCCUUUACAACUUCACAGGGCUUUUUGAACCUCGAGGUCCUUUCGGGCCAAGAGGUCCAAAGGGUGACCGUGGCAUCACAGGAGUCCAAGGCCCCCCAGGGUUAAAGGGUGAAAAAGGAGAUCCAGGGAUCACUGUUGGUGCAGAUGGUUUACUGUUGUCUGGAAUGAAUGGGCCUCAGGGACCAAAAGGACUCAAGGGUGACAGAGGUGUUCCUGGACUGCCUGGUAUAAUGGGCCCAGUCGGACCAAGUGGACCCAAAGGGGAGUUUGGAUUUCCUGGCCGCCCAGGUCGUCCUGGUCUCAGUGGACACAAAGGAGAAAAGGGAGACUCAAAUGGAUUACCGGGCCCACCUGGUCCCCCCGGCCCACCUGGACGUCCUGGAAUAUUUAACUGUCCCAGAGGAACUGUGUUCCCGAUUCCUCCCCGGCCCCACUGUAAAACAUCCAUCAACGGCAGUUCCACUGCAGAGGGAGCCAGCUGUUCAACAUCUGGAGCCAAAGGGGAGAAGGGUGAAAGGGGUCUUCCUGGCCCUCCAGGUCCCACAAUUACUAUGCUGGGUGCAGGCAUCAAGGGAGAGAAAGGUGACCAUGGUUUCCAGGGCCAGAAGGGAGAAAAAGGUGAAGCUGGGCUUCCAGGGCUGCCAGGAAUGUCUGGGUUGGUGGGACCUAAAGGAGAAUCAAUCAUUGGGCCUGCUGGUCGUCCGGGACUUCAGGGGCCACCCGGUUCUCCUGGUAUUGGGAGACCUGGUGCCACCGGACUCCGAGGCCCUCCCGGACCUCCUGGACCUCCUGGUUAUAGCUCUGCUGCUGCUAUCCCUGGCCCACCUGGGCCUCAAGGUCCUCCUGGUCCACCAGGACCAGCUGCUGGUGGCUCUGCAUCAGUAAAGAAAUACCCAAGUCUUUAUGCCAUGAAGCAUGAGUCACAUGUGGUUGAAGAGGGAACAUUGUCCAUGGUUGCAGACACAAGUAAACUCUACCUCAAGGUUCGAGGGGGUUGGAGAGAGAUUCAGCUCGGAGGGUUGAUUGAGGUGAAUUCCCCUACCGUCCUCUCACAAGAUGAUGCUCACCCUUUAAUACUGACUCCUCGACUCAGCAAUACUCCGAAAAUUCACACAGGAAGUGCGCUCCGACUGGUUGCCCUGAACACACCACUGACUGGGGACCUGGGCUCCAUCCACUCAGUGAAUAAGCGGUGCAGACUCCAGGCUCAGGCCAUGGGGAUCCGAGACGAGUACAGGGCUUUCCUUUCUCACCACCUACAGGACCUGAUCGACAUUGUGCAGCCGCCCUACCGCACCAGCAUGCCCAUUGUUAACCUCAGGGGUGAAGUUUUGUUUAAAAACUGGGAAAGCAUCUUCUCCAAUCACGUUCUCCCUGCUGGGAUCCCCCUCUACUCUUUUGAUGGACGAGAUGUGAUGAGUGAUCCUUUCUGGCCACAGAAAGCCAUUUGGCAUGGUUCAUCAGAGAGAGGAAGGCGUCUGGAUGAUAAGACCUGCGAGUCUUGGCGAGCUGGUGACAUGGCCAUCACAGGCCAGGCUUCCUUCCUCUACAGUGGCCUGCUGAAUCAGCAAACCCGCAGCUGCUCCAACCAGUUCGUCGUCUUGUGCAUCGAGACCAACCCCGACCACAACACCAUCGAAGAACUCAAACGGGCACAAUAUCGCUACAGACGCUGGCAUCACAGAUACUGAUGUCUACGCCAGAAACCCUCUGCUGUCAACAUGUAAACAUUCCAGGAGGUGUAAAUAUCUGUAUGUUGAUGAAAGGCCAUGUCAUUGAGAAGCUAAGGAACCAUCAGUGAGGGUCAUUCUCAGGUUUUGAGCAUAUGGACAUUUUGUAGCAAAGCCAUUUCUCUCACAGUGUAAAGCUGCAUGAUCACAAUGUUUAAGCAGAGGGACGCACCGGACCUCCAAUCCCUACAAGUCAUUUUGAUGCACUGUAUUUUCAUUUUUCAUUUUUCAAAUUCAUAGAUGUCGAGGGUGGGGGGGGUUACUUCACAUCAUCUUUUCAUUUCGAGUGGCAAAAGAUGUGUCAGUAUUUAAUUUAAUUUCAGUGUUUUAUUUAUACCUGACCGCACAUAAUCUAAAUAUGUCAAAAAAAUUGAAGAGAAAUAUGUAAUUUAUAGUUUCAGUUGUUCAGAUGAAAUCUGCUCCUGUUUUUUGCCUCUUUGAUGAAAGAACAAUUUCGACAACACCUCUAUUGAGCAAAUUAAUGUCCAUUUUUUGUAGUUUCUGGAAACGUGACUGCAGAUUUUUUUUUUUUUCCAGACAGCGAUCAAGUCCACAUGUUUCAGGUUUUAGGCCAACAAUUUGAGCAGUGUUUAGUGGUAAGAAGUAAGGAGUACUCUUCAUUUUCACUGGUGCUUAUUGAAUAAAAUCUCUUUUCCAAAUA